AUGGCACCGUCGCCUACAAUGCGGAGGCUCCUCAAAGAGACGGCGGAACUAUCAUCACCCUCGUCGAAUCCCAACCCAGCGUUCUAUGCGGCGCCUGUCUCGGACGCAGACCUGCACGAGUGGCACUUCACGCUCCUCGGCCCUCCGGCCCCUUCGCCAUACGCAGGCGGACUCUACCACGGACGCAUCACACUUCCCACCACCUAUCCGCUGAAACCGCCGAAUUUCCGGUUCCUGACACCGUCCGGUCGGUUCGAGGUCAAUCGCGAGAUCUGUCUGAGCAUAUCAGGGUUCCAUGAGGAAACGUGGAUGCCGGCAUGGGGCGUGCGGACGGCACUGACGGCGCUGAGAUCGUUCAUGGCUGAAAAGGGGUCGGCCGGCCAGGUCGGCGGGCUGGAAGCCAGUGCGGACGUACGGAUGAGGUUGGCCAAGGACAGCCGGACGUGGAGGUGCGACGCGUGUCGGAAGUCCAACGAGACGAUCAUGCGUGAGUGGUGGGACAUCUGUCGCAAUGCUGGCGUCAGCGUCGAUGAGGAGGAUCUCGGGCUCGAGUCGCUCCCCGAGGGGAUGGCGUUGGAGGCUCGAGAUCCUAGCGCACCCAGGCCAGAGGGUGGUGCACAGAGGCAAGCAAAUAAGGAAACAAGUCCACAAGUCCAGCACCCGUCGUCUACACCGUCUCCACCAUCAGCGACAUCACCAAAUCACUCCUUACCGUCAGAUGCAGACGCAGACACCCUUCGUUCGGACGGAUCCUUAAAACCCCAGAGCCUGUCCUCCAGCCUGCGGCCGCGGUCGCAGGCUUCUCUGCCCUUGAUCCCAACUCCGUCGGCCGAAGCAGUGCAAGAAUCCGCCGAAGCCGUCCUGACGCCGUCCGACCUGGCUCUGCCACCACCUUCCACAGACUCCUCACGACCACGGCACUCCCUGAUGUCUAGCGUCCACGCUCCACCAACAGCGGCGGCCAACGCAGCAAUCGCAAGAACCGCCCACCCGUUGACGCUCCAGCGUGACCAGACCGUCACGAUCGACCGCGCCAUUGCGGGGGUGUUUCUCGCCUUGUGUCUGAUGGUGCUGAAGAAAAUCUUCUACCCUGCAGGCGGGGCCGGGAGUGGUGGUGUUGACGACUUUUAUCUGCAGCCGGAGUGA